AUGCUUGAUGAUAAUUAUUUUGUUCAAAAACCUGUAGAGGUUAUAGAAAUGACCAAUGAGUAUGCUAGUAGUCAAGAUCGAUCAUUUCUAACACAACAAGAAAUUAUAGAAAAGCAAAAUGAAGAAAGCCUUGAACUAUGGAUUGAUGGUGAUUAUAGAAUAGCUUUUUUAAAUAAUUUUAAGUUUAUUAAUGAUUUAACGGACUAUAGUUUUGAGGGUAAACGUGAAAUAAAAGAGUUGUUUCAUUUUGAGUAUAAUAGGGGUAUUCCAAGUUUUGUAUUUUCUAAUUGUGAUAUUUUUGGUUAUAAAGUAUAUUUUAAAACUAAAUUAAUUUUAGAGUUUAACUCUGGAAAAGUUUAUUCUUAUAUUUUACAACAAUUAAAUUUUCUUGAGUAUAAUAUAGCCAUUAUAAAAAUACAAAUGGCUAUCAAUCAAUUAAAGAUGUUUGUUGAUACUGAUAUUGAGGCAGUACGUCAGAAGAUGCUUAAUGGAUCUAUUACUAGUAACUACUUACUAAAUGCUUUAUUAUAA